AUGGCCUACUACCAACUCGACGAACCCCACCUCCCCCCCCUCUCCCAACGUAUCCGCGAAUUCAUCCCGAUGAGGACGCUCUUCGCCAGACCCCCCAAUGCUGAGCCAAAGAGGCCCCCCAUUACCCCGGCAAGGCGCAGGAAGCUUUUGCUCUCUUACGCUCCUGAUUGGAUUCUUACUAUUGUGCUGGCGUAUGUGAUUGCUGCACGCUCACCAUCGUUGGCUGACCUCACAACCAGCGCAUUGUUCUUUUUGCUCGACAAAAUUGACGGCUUCAAGCGUGAGUUCUCGCUUGAGGAUACAUCAUUGCGACACCCAUACGCAGAACAUGAACGUGUACCUAAUCUCGCAUUGAUAUUUAUAUGUUUUGUCGCGCCUGUGGUGCUAUUGCCUAUUAUUAACUUGUUGACGGUGCGCUCAUGGUGGGAUCUGCACAACUCGUGGUUGGGCUUGGUUCUCGGCCUAAGUCUCACAGGCGCAGUAACGCAAUUUACCAAGGUCACCGUUGGGCGUCCUCGGCCAGACGUCAUUUCCCGUUGCCAGCCUAUACCAGGCUCUGUUGACCCGACAUACGGCUUGUCAACCUUCAAUAUAUGCACACAGACGGACGAGGCCAUCUUGCGCGACGGGUUCAGGAGUUUUCCCAGCGGGCACUCCAGCUUGUCAUUCGCGGGUCUCGGGUUCUUAUCGUUCUAUCUUGCUGGGAAGCUGCAUUUAUUCGACAAGAGGGGGCAUGCGGGUAAGGCUUGGCUUGCAUUGCUGCCGUUCUCUGGAGCAGCACUAGUUGCCAUAUCUCGGACUAUGGACUAUCGCCAUCACUGGCACGAUGUCCUAGUUGGUUCUAUUCUGGGGAGUGUGCUUUCCUUCUUUGCUUACCGCCAAUACUACCCCGGUCUAUCCACCGAGUUAUCUCAUAGGCCUUAUUCGCCCCGGAUUAAACGUGAAGAGGACGAUAUAUUACCUGUGCACUCACACUCCCGUGAUGACAGUGUUUCUACGGAGCUUGCCUUCCGUACCCCUUCUGCCCCUCCUGGCACCGGGCGACCCGCGCGGUACGGGUACAGAGAGACAGCAGAAGAUACCGCCUACUACCCACCUGACCACCUGGAGAGCACCGUCCCCCGUCCCAAUCCUGGCUCAUUGGAGGAGAUCUGGGAAGAAGAGCCUAGAGAUGGUCGUGAUUCCAAUACACCUACGCUCAUUACCGAAAUGGAACGCAGGCGGAGGCAAGAAAUGGCGCAACAAUAA